UUAAACAUCUAUCACAGACAGUUACGUGGAGUCCGUGGAACCGUUUUAAGCAACCUAUAAAUUCUUUCUUCUUUGAUCACAUUUUUUGUCAUAAAUUAUUAUUCAAUUUCGUUUUCUCAUUUUCUACUUGUUUCUGGGUUUUUCAAACCGGAUUGUAAGUGAUUGGGGAAUUUUAAACAAUGGCUAAUAAUGCGGCGGCGUGUGCUGAGAGGGCAACUAGUGACAUGUUAAUUGCUCCCGACUGGGCGUUAAACAUCGAGCUUUGCGAUAUCAUCAACAUGGAUCCUGGGCAAGCUAAAGAUGCAUUGAAGGUACUGAAGAAGCGGCUGGGCAGUAAAAAUCCUAAAAUGCAACUUCUGGCUCUUUUUGUUCUUGAGACUCUCAGCAAGAAUUGUGGCGAUAGUGUAUUUCAGCAGAUUGUUGAGCGUGAUAUCUUACAUGAAAUGGUUAAAAUAGUGAAAAAGAAGCCAGAUUUGAAUGUGAGGGAAAAGAUACUUAUUUUAAUUGAUACGUGGCAAGAAGCUUUUGGGGGAUCGAGGGGAAGGUAUCCCCAAUAUCAUGCUGCAUAUAAUGAACUGAGGUCUGCUGGAGUUGAAUUCCCUCCCCGGGCUGAGAAUAGCGUACCAUUUUUCACUCCACCACAAACCCAGCCAGUUGUUAACUCUCUUUCAUAUGAUGAUGCUGCUAUACAAGCCUCUUUACAGUCAGAUGCUUCUGGCCUCAGCUUGGCAGAGAUUCAAAGUGCCCAGGGAAUAGCAGAUGUACUAAUGGAAAUGCUAAGUGCCUUGGAUCCAAAGAAACCUGGGGGUGUGAAGCAGGAAGUAAUUGUUGACCUUGUUGAUCAGUGUCAUUCAUACCAAAAACGUGUCUUGGUUCUUGUGAAUAAUACAGCGGAUGAGGAACUUUUAUGUCAGGGAUUGGCAUUGAAUGAUACCUUGCAGCGUGUACUUCGUCGGCAUGAUGAUAUUGAGAAAGGAACUCCUGCAGGAGUAACAGAGACUCCGGUUGUGCCACUUGUUAAUGUCACCCACGACGAUGAUGAGCCAGAGGACGAUUUUGCCCAGUUGUCUCACAGGAGACCAGCCAGUACUAGGAGUGAACCAACACGAGUCAGCCCACUUCUCCCUCCUCCACCAUCAUCAAAAAAGCCAGUCUUUACGGAUGUUGGCAAAAUUGAUUAUCUCAGUGGCGAUGUGUACAAGUCUGAAGCAUAUAACGAAACACCUGAACGUACACCUUUUGCAGCUCCAACUCAUCCGUAUACUAAUCCCUCCGCACCAUUGACCCCAGUACGGUCCUUGUCACCCCCUUCCAAUGCCGGCAACUCAAACUCAUCACCCCUUUAUUCUUCACAGCCCAUGUAUGAUGAACCAACUCCCUCAAGCAAAUCUCCUGAGAAGCUACCCUCUGCCCCUUGGGACAUUCAGCCAGGUGGAAACCUCCCACCGCCUCCCUCGAAGUACAAUCAAAGACAGCAAUUCUUCGAGCAGCAACAUGGUUAUCCUGCUCAUUCAGGCAGUGGGUCUGGUUACUCUUACAACAGUUUGGUGGGACAAACUCAGUCUCUCUCUCUGAAUUCAUCUACCCCUAAGAAAGAAGAAAAACCUGAAGAUGCUCUCUUCAAGGAUCUUGUUGAUUUUGCCAAAUCCAAGUCAUCCAGUUCACAGAAACCCAAUAAUAGAUCACUUUGAGUUUUGGUAUUUGUGAUUGUGGUACAGGUUUGGAGUAUAUUAUUAGUUGAUUAGGCUUUGCACCAGAUAAAUAAACAUGGGUUUAUGUCU